AUGGCUAUAUUCGAGAGGACAGAGCAGUCUGUGACCCUUGGGGGUCAUUAUGAGACUUUGUUUAGUCUUCCUCUAAAGGAGAAAGACCGUCGUCAGGUUGUGAAUGAUGCCACCAUGGUGGCCUACAACUUGAUCAACAAGUGCAAGGUGAGGUGUUCGAAGGCAAGAGUGGAGGAUCGGUGCUUGAAGUACUACGACAUCUGUUGCGCCAAAUGUCACUGCGUUCCUUCUGGGACGUACGGAAACAAGGACGAGUGCCCUUGCUACCGGGAUCUCAAGAACUCGUAG